GGAUGCGGCGUCCCCCGCCCGGGGAUUUGGCUUGUGUGAGGGGAGUAAUGGCUGCCGCUGGCCCGCUGCUGUAUAGGCCAGCGUCUCCGGGCCGCCCGCCCCACCGGGAGGUGGCUGGAGGCUGUUUCCGCGCGUCCCUCCGGGGCGGGGGGUGAGGCGGGAGAGACACCCCCCCACACCCCGGGGUUGCUCGGGGAGGCCGGGGGCAUUUUUCGGUUGGAAGCGGCGGCUGUGGGCGGCACUCGAUGGCUGAGGCGCUUCCGUAUAACUUAGCGAGCCGCGGAUGGAAACCGCUCCUCGUCCGGUAGUCCUGUUGCUAUUGUGCUCCCGUUUAAUUAAUCUAACGGCUUCGGUUCUGCUUCCCUAGCGUUGUGUUCUCGCGCCUCGCACUCCUCUGGGUCUGGGCCCACAACGACUGCUUCGUUUCUCUCUGUAUUUUUUUUUUUUAGCAGCCGGUCUCGUUCUUCGCAGGCAUAGCUGCUGUGCCAGGGGACUGAACGAUGCGGGCCUUGCAACAGAAGGAGCAAAAUUGGGAGAAGAGGGGAACGGCUGUGCUAAAAUGAGCGUAAAUGGUUGCGGAGCAAGUCUGGGAAGCUUUCUGUUGGCACAAAGAGGGAGAAUUGUUUUUUACUCGUGCUGCUUAUCUGUGGUUAUUGUUAUAAGCUGCAGCAGUAGAAACAUGGAUAGCUAAUUGUUCCUAUAAAAACUCAGUUGUUGUGACUUAACGUGUUACCGUGCUCCUGUAGCUUGUUCCAGCUGCGAAAGCAUAAAUAUAUUGUUCCAAACUCUCUUCAAUGCAAUUAAAACGAACAAAUUAGUCUUGGUGGUUGGCCAGAGGAUAAGGUGUACAAAUGCCACUUGUUAGUACAACUUAGUUGAAGACUAUCGAUUCGGUUUUUCGCAAUAAUGUGUCUGAAGUGUAAAUGUACCAGCUGUGACACUCCUGGUUCUGUGCGAGGUCAGCUUGUGUGCAGCUCUGCUGUCUUCAUGGAACUUGGUAUGUCAUUCGCAGACUCGUCAAUGUCGUUGUUGCCGUUAAGAACUUGCUAGAAAAGCUUGGAAGAAAACUUGAAGAAAAACUUUCGUAUUGGUUGCAUUAGGUGAAAAGUUCCGCAAUGAGUAAACGCAAGUCAAAGGAGAGCAGUGGAGCAAACGGAGAAUGUAUUUCACAGGUGCAAAAAAUUUUACGUGAAAGAUUCUGUCACCAUUGUGCUACUAGAAAACUGUUUGGGAUUGAACAUCAGUACAGUGAAUGUUGCCUGGUUUGAAGUUUUUAACCUAUUGCUGUUGUCAACACAGGCAUCUGCUGGAACUGCUGAAACGAACUACAGUGCAUGGAGAAAGUAAUUCUGCCCUCAUUAUUGGACCCCGAGGAUCAGGAAAGACUGCGUUAUUAAAUCAUGUCUUAAAAGAGCUCAUGGAAGUGAAACAAGUUAGAGAGAACCUCUUGCAAGUUCAUCUGAAUGGCAAGGCUUCUGCAAACCAAUGAUAAAGUGGCCCUGAAGGAGAUCACUAGACAGUUGCACCUGGAAAAUGUGGUUGGGGAUAAAGUUUUUGGCAGUUUUGCUGAAAAUCUUGCGUUCCUACUUGAAGCUUUAAGGAAAGGAGAUCGAACUAGCAGUUGUCCAGUCUUGUUUAUACUGGAUGAAUUUGACUUGUUUGUUCAUCACAAGAAUCAGACACUGCUCUAUAACCUCUUUGAUAUAUCCCAGUCAGCACAGACUCCAGUAACAGUUAUUGGACUCACUUGUAGACAGGAUAUCCUGGAGCUCUUGGAGAAGAGAGUAAAAUCAAGGUUCUCUCACCGACAGAUAUAUUUGACGAAUUCCUUUGAUUUUAAACAAUACAUUAGGAUAUUCAAGGAACAGCUUUCUCUUCCUGCUGGAUUUCCUGAUGAGUCUUUUGCACAAAAAUGGAAUAAAAACAUUCAGCAUCUCUCAGAGGAUAAAACUGUGCAAGACAUGCUGCAGAACCUUUUUCACCACACUAAAGAUCUGCGCUCACUUCAUUUGCUGUUGAUGCUCGCUGUAAGUAAUGUUACUGUGCAUCACCCGCUUAUCACUGCAUCAGAUCUUCAUGAGGCAAGCAAGCAGUCUAGAAUGGACUCAAAAGCAAAUAUUGUACAUGGUUUGUCUGUCCUGGAAAUCUGCCUAAUUAUAGCUAUGAAACACUUAAAUGAUGUUUAUGAAGGAGAACCAUUUAACUUCCAGAUGGUUUACAACGAAUUCCAGAAGUUCAUACAAAGGAAGGCGCAUUGUAUGUACAACUUUGAAAAGCCAGUUGUCAUGAAGGCAUUUGAACACCUGCUACAACUGGAAUUGGUAAGACCAAUAGAAAGACCAUCUGAACGUGCUCAGAGAGAGUACCUCUUAAUGAAACUGCUUUUGGACAACAAUCAAAUCAUGGAUGCUUUGCAAGUGUAUCCAAACUGCCCGACGGACGUUAAACAGUGGGCAGCCUCGUCACUCAGUUGGCUGUGAGCUGUUUGGAACUUGCGGUAUCACCUUCUAGAUCCAAGCUUUUGGAGUUAGCUGUAACUCCAGAAGAUGUAAUGUUUACCUUACCCACAGCAGGGUGUUCAGAUUAAUAAAUUUUUGAAAGAAGCUUG